AUGAGCAACAACUCUGUCUUUCUUCAUGGUAUAUCUGGCAGAACCUGGCCAGAAACUAGCCAAAGUGCGCAUAUCGCCUUUGGUGCUUCCCGUGACUUCUGGAUCGUGCUUGCAACAUGUGGUCUUGGUUUCAUUGGGUGCUUUGCGCUGACUCUGGGGAUUGUGGAGCUCAACACGCGCCGAUGGCGACACAGAUUCAACAAAGCAGAGGAGAUGCAGCCCCUCGCCAAACCUCCCCAGGAAUUGAGCUGUACACAGCGACAGGUGUUCAAAGGCCCCCGUUACGGUGUCCAGUUUGCAUUUCAUGCAGAUUUGGCAUUGCGGGCUGCAUUGGUAGCAGCGUUUUGUGCGGCCACUUAUGCCUUUGAAUUCCUGGAGUGGUGGGAGCGGCAAGGUUGGUCGAUGAGCUACGUUGUAGUGAUUUUGGCUUUUACUCUUUACGUGGACCUGGGGAGCACCGUCGCGUUGGCAUGGACAGGCUUUUACGGCACACUCCUUCCAGUGCUGAACUGCUGGCUGAUGUUUUACCUUUAUCCCGACGGUGUGAAGAAGGACGACAUUUGCAGCAAGUUUUUUGGCUGGAUGGACUUCUUCGUGUUUCUGCUGCUGAUGUUCGCUUUAGGAUUUGACACAAACGCAAAGAUGUAUGCCUUGUCCUGGCAGGCCUACUUCUCCAUGUGCUUCUUGAACCCUUUUGACCAGACUUUUUUCAGCAAUGGCCUAUAUGUCCAACUCCACGCAGCAGAGACAGGUGCCUUGAUGGGCACGGUGGUAGGCUGCAUUUUCGCCGUUGGUGUGGCUGCAGCGAUGAACAUUUCCGCCCUGACCAAAGCCCAGACCAUGAUGCUUGAGUUGACCUGGUCUCACGGCCGCCUCUUGGAAGAGCUCCUGGAGAUGGGAUGUUUGAGGAUGAGGCCCCAGACCGCCACCGUCUUUGCAGUCGAGGUGCACAACUUCCAGCAACAACUGGAGGAGAUUCGCAGCCUUUUGCGCAGCAGCUGGUGGGAAUGCUUCGAUCUGGGUGUCGCGGGCCAGUCUCGGCUGAUGCUCAUCGAGAUGUGCCGCAACGUUGACUUUCUAACGGGCUGGCUUGAGUCCAUGGUCAUGGCGGUUCAGCACGCAAAGCAUGUGGAGAGAGAGUUAUUCCUCCGUUCGCUCCACAUCUUCGACUCGCAGACUCUUCUGGAGCUCAUUGACACUACCAGGGGUGCGUUGCAGCAGAGUUGUCAGGCUGCGGUCCGAGGGGUGUCUUGGGACGACGAAGAGGAAUCUCAUCUGGAGUUCUGGCUCAGUGCCCUCGAGGAUGGCCAGGUGAGGGCGCAUGAGGCUGUGAAGAGCAGGUUGAUGCAUCAGGGAUCCUGGCAGCGGUUUUUCACUUCUGCCCACUUGCCGCAGUUUGCCCUCGCCUCCAGUACCAGUGGCUACUGCCAGAAGGUUGCCGACCUCUUGGUAGCUAUGGCCGAGUUCGAGCCAUCAGAGAAAGCGCUGGGACCUUGCCGAGGUUUUCUGCAAGGUCUUCGGGCGCUGCCGGGAGCCGACCUGCAGAGGUGGGCUUCUGCCAUGCAGUGCCUGAAGCUGUUGCUCACCUUCAUGCUGUGCUUCAUGCUUGGAAGGAUUGGUAUUGGGAUGCGGACCGGUUCUUUCGUGCCAGCCUUCAAUGCCACUCCAGCAGGGACCGUGGCCUACCUGAUCUUCCAGGGCGGGAAUCAGGCGGCCGCCCUCAAGAAAAACAUGGACCGUUUCAUGGGUGUGGCUUUUGGCUCUCUCUUGGGGACUCUGACCGUGGGCACGUGUGCUUCGCUAAAGUCCUCCAUUGGCUGGAACGGGGCUGCGACCUUGUUCCUCAUGAUCUACUUCUCCUUCGAAUACCUCGCCUUGUUUGUAUAUUUUUUCUCCCCGACCUUCUCCUACGCUGGCCUCAUGUUCUCUUGCUUCUACGCGAAUUCGGCCUUGAGACCCUUUGAUGGCAUAGGGCACUUUGCACAGUCUGGUGGGCUCGACAAGCCUGAUGGGGUUCGUUUACAGUGCGUGUCGGACUACCAGAACAUCCUCAGUUGCUGGCAAUCCUUGUCGCGACGCUGA